AUGAGCUUUCAGGAUAGGAAUGCCGCAGACACCACGACCGGGGCUCGGAGCAGCAGCAGAGAAACGGGGGCCAUGCCGUUCAGACGCCUGUAUCUGUUAUGUCUCUUCACAUGCAAACUAUCCCCGGAAGUUGCUGCAGAAGUUCAGGAAUCCUCAGAUGGUCCCGGUGCCCAGGAACCCUUGCGGCUCACAGAUGUCCAGGCUGCCAUGGAAUUCGUCGCUGCUGCUGAGGUGGCUGUCAUAGGCUUCUUCCAGGAUUUAGAAGUACCAGCAGUGUCCCUAUUCCACAGUGUGGUGAAAAAUUUCCAAGAUGUGUCAUUUGGAAUCAGCACUGCCUCCGAGGUUCUGGCCCACUACAGUGUUACUGGGAACACCAUUUCCCUCUUUCGUCUGGUGGAUAACAAACAACUGGAUUUAAAGAGUGAAGACAUUGAAAGCAUGGAUGCUACCAAGUUAAGCCAUUUCAUUGAGAGAAACAACCUCCACUUGGUGACAGAGUAUAACCCUAUGGCUGUAAUUGGCCUAUUUGAUAGUAUGAUUCCAAUUCAUCUUCUACUGAUGAUGAACAAGGCCUCCCCAGAGUAUGAAGAAAGCUUGCACAGAUACCAGGAAGCAGCUAAGCUCUUCCAGGGGAAGAUUCUUUUUAUUCUGGUGGACAGUGGUGUGAAGCAAAAUGGGAAGGUGAUAUCAUUUUUCAAACUAAAGAAGUCUCAGCUGCCUGCAUUGGCAAUUUACCAGACUCUGGAUGAUGUGUGGGAUACACUGCCCAUAACGGAAGUCUCAGUAGAGCACGUGCAAAACUUUUGUGAUGGAUUCCUGAAAGGGAAGAGGUUGAGAGAAAAUCAUGAAUCAGAAGAAAAGACGUCAAAGAUGGAACUAUGA